UGGUAUAAGGCUACUGGAAUGCAGGUCUUAAAUCAAACGGUGCUCCCUAGUCAACCAGAGUGGCAGGAGUCUGAAACCAAGAAAGAAAGAAUUAAAUACAGCAGAGAUUUCCUCUUAAAGCUUUCACGUGUUUCACUCUCUCAAAAGAAGCCAGAAUUUCUUCCUGAUCAUCCUAUUGUACUUGAAAAAUCAAUACAGCAAGAAAUAUUUUCAAAUGAGUCACUGUAUUUCAAUAUCCAACUUUAACUGUCAAGGUUAGUUACACAUCUGUUGGCAGAAUUAGCUAGGCCCACAAGUUCUCAAUGGUUAUUCUAAGUGGGCAGUCGUGUUAUUUUCAGUAUUGGGUUGCUGUGCCAUUGUCAAGAUCCUAGUUCGGUUUUAGUAUUAGCCAGUCUCUGUACUUAACCCAAUUCUCAUGUUCCUUUUCUUUGCCAUUCAUUUCCAAGACCACCCACUGUACUCUAAGUUGUUGUGCUGUUUUUUAUGUGUAUAAAUGAUAUUACUACUAUCUCUGUUAAUGCUGUCUGUAUUGGUAGCAGGUUUUAGUCUUGUAUUUCUGGAACUUUGCUAGUAGCACUUUCAUUCUCAAGAUUUAUUUUAGCAUACUGUCCUUGAUGAGAACUGUUUAAUGGUAACAGUUAUUUUUUGACAAAAAUAGAUCUGUUGGUUGUACCAUAGGUACCAACUCCUUGGAUGGUGCUAAAGCACCCAGGGGAAAAAAUGGUGGGUGCUCACACCCACUGUCUGCCCCAUGGAUCAAUUCCUGCUCCUCCCGCACUUGUGCCUGCUGGCAAGCCCUGCAAUCAGCUCCUUUCAGCAAAGAUUUUUGUAGCACAUUCAGUUAGUAAGGAAAAAUCAAAUGCUCAGCUACAUGAUGGGGAGGGGAAUAACUGGCUUAGGUGGUAGUGCUACUGGAAAUGAUCUGGAGGUUGUAGUGAAUAACAAAUUGAAUACUAGUCAUCAAUGUGAUGCAGUUGUGGAAAAAAUCCUAAUAACAUUCUGGGGUAUA